GGUUGAUCAACAUUGUUACCAUUUUCAGACAUAUGAACCCCGGCUCCUCAGUGCUGCUUUGGCGCUGCUCCUCCUCUCCACCAACCAGGCGCCGACACAAACACCCACUGCAGUCAUCAUCCACAUUUGUCCAUAGCAGCUUGGAGUCCUGGAUACUUGCUACCCGCUUCCCACUCCUUGGCUCAGUGGGAGAAUGAUCGCACACCUGCUCUUUCCAGAACGGUGCGGUCAGGCGCUAUACGAGGACAGUGAUCGGAGGCACGUCCGCCCACAGGCAAAAGUUUACUCUCUUUUCCUCAUCACCAGGAACAGACGGAACGGAGCGCGUCACUAACCCCUGUUGUCGCUGACAUGGUACACACCACAACAGGUCAGCCGCCGGCGGUUCCAUAUCAGUGGGCCAAACGCAGUCGUCGGGAACCCUAUCCAUUCCAAAUGACAGCAGAAUAUUCAAAUAAUCCUCAGAGUGUUUACAGUACGCGCAGUGUGGGGGGAGACCACUUCGUUAGCAAAACUUGGCUACAAGAACUGGUUCGCUAUGUCGCAGAACAUCCAAAGGAGCUGCAUUCAGCCUUGAAGGGAUUCCGAAAUCUCAUCGAGAGUGAAACUCGGCUUUGUUUUCUCGCUCAGUCGAUGUUCGAACAGAUACCGGCAAAGGCGCCAUACGCUGACGAUCCCGCUGGCUACAAGCAAAUCGCAACUACGAACAUAUGCUGCAGUGGAUUCGCCUUCUUCCUCGACCCUGCUGUUAACGAACAACUGAAGAAAGUUCUCGACGCCUGGGGAGACUUUCUGCGCUCAGAGGAAUCGGCACGUCAAGCGCUCGGGGACGACGCCAAAGGCUGGUUCAACGCGAAGGCCAAGGCCGACCUGACCGCUGCAGCAAAUGGGGCGGCCGGGACCACAUACGACUUCGCUGAGAUAUUCGGUGAAGGGAUCCGCCCCGUGGCCUCGCCCGAAGACGACGACGUCAUUGCGAACGCAUGUGAGUCGGAGCCGUACAAGUUCGCCGGCGGCACCGUCUACCAGGCCUUCCUCUCCGCACUCUCCUACCACCGCUGGCACGCGCCCGUCAGCGGGAGAUGCGUCAAGGCGUACGUCCAGCCCGGAGCGUACUAUCCGAGCCGCUCGUCGACGCGGCGGGACGGACGGCGGCAAGAGCACCUCGCAGGCUACGUCACCGCCGUCGCGACGCGUGCGAUCGUCUUCAUCGAGGCGGACAACCCCGCAAUUGGCCUGGUGGCGUUCUUGGGCGUCGGCCUCGCGGAGGAGGGGCAGUGGGUCAGGAAGGGCGACCAGCUUGGGAUGUUCCAUUUCGGCGGCUCGACGCAUUGUGUCAUUUUCAGGAGGGAGACGGACGUGCACGGGUUCCCGGAACCUGGCCGCGAGACGAAUGUGCCUGUCAGAGGUCAGCUCGCUGUCGUGAGGAGCCGAUGUGCAUGAAAUCGAGGGAAAUAUCGGACUUGUACGUGGUAGUGUCUUUGCUGGCGGGGUCGCGUCAAGUAUCCUUAGACCCUGUGACUGGAACGCACGUAUGU